AUGUUCACCCUAAAAUCACUCUCACCAUCUCGUGCAUCUCUGUCUAUCCCCUCACCAGGCGGACGAAUUAAUUCUUCAUCACCCAAUAGAUCGAAUCCGACUUCACCGUCGACUUCACCGGGUGGGAGAUCACCAUCUUCCGAAUCAGGAUAUUUCCCUAUUGUGACAACUCCAACUGCACGAAUCACCAAAUCAAGACCGAUAGGCAAAGAAGAAGCGUUCAAGACUGUCAAGAACCUUGAAGAUGUGUUAAACGCAUGGAACGAAUAUAGAUUGGCUAUUGCGAAUGUCGGUAAAGCAGGUAGGAAAUUAGCUGGGGCGUUGAAAGAUCUAGCUUCAGGUGGUGGGGAGAAAACAGAUGUAGCUUCCCAGACGAUAGGACCCACAGCAAAUAUGUUAGAUAACCUAUCAGACCUGACCCUCAAGCUAUCUAGGAAAAUAGAUAAAGAGUAUGACGAGGUGAAUUCUGAUGCUUUGAAAUAUUUCAACCUUCUAGCUAAAGAAAGUCGUACUCAUGAUGCAUACCUAGGAGCCAUAGGGAAGAAACACGAUAAAGCAGAAAAGGCCUUUCGAAAAGCUUCAAAUACCUUAUCUGAAACUUCUAGCGCACAUGCUGGAUUGGUAGCUUUGAAGGUCACGUUGAGUGAGGAUAUCAAUAGAGCAAAUGAGGAUCAUCAUACCCUAAUUGGUACCAAACAAUCUAUAAUCCUACUCAAGAUAGCUUCUUCUUCAGGAUGCUUGGCUGAAUAUAUCUUAGCUUAUUUCUCUGAUGGAUUAAGGAAAUCGGGUCAGUCGUUCCCUGAUAUAGAGUAUUUCCGUACACUGCCAGAUAUCAAAUGGCGAUCUUCCUUACCUCCUUCGUUGGAAGAAGAACAGGCCGAAGAGAGAUUCCGCGAGAGAAUUAGAGGUGUUAAAGCGAAAGUGGCCCUCGGUGAAUUGGAUAUGAUUGGGAAAGGUCUAUGGGAAGGUACAGGUGGUAAGGGUUCUGGAGGACACAGUAUUCAAAAUACUUCCAACGAAGCGAUUGUGACUGCAGCAGUGGGUACUACAACCGAGAACGAUCUCAACAGGGAUAUUGUUGAGGUGAAGACAGGAGGGCUCAGUCCCAGCCCAUCAGCCAAAGAAUCUUUGAAAGACGACACUCGCUAUGUGUCUGACAAGAGCGAAGUGAAGCCACAGUCAAUCAUUACCCAGAAGGAAGGUACAGUCAAUUCAUCCACAGGUAAUAAAACCUCUUCAGCUGAACGUCCACAAUCACCUGCGACUCCUCAACAUACCUCUCCACCCAUACCUCACGACACCAGACCAUCAGUAGCUUCCCGUUCGUCCACUGCCCCAUCACACAGCUCCAAACCCAGCAUGAGCACCGGUACGACCUCGUCCACAUCGACCAGAUCCGAUGCUCCAGAUGGUAGAAGGCCAAUCCCAUCUGGGUUGGUAGUCACCCCGAAGGAGCCUGAUUCGCCUAAAGGACCUAGGUAUCGAGAUAGGACGAUGGAAGCGGACAGACCUAUUUCGAGGUACGAGGAUGCACGACCCGUUGCGAUAGCUAGGUCACCCGAAGGCGCUAGACCGGCACCAAUCCCCAUUCAAGGUCAUAAUCCGAGAAGAUCAGUAUCAAAUAUAGUCAAUGAUCUCCAAAAUAGACAACAUGAUGAGGGGUAUUAUAAAUCGCCUUUACCUCUUCCACAUCUGCCACAGCCUCUACGCCAUGUUUCGAAUCAGUCUUUUCCUUCAUCUUCAUAUUAUGCCGAUCCAAGGGAAAGGUCGUUCCAGCAUAAUCAGAAUCAUCAUACGUUUAUGAGAGGUUGUGAAUUGUGUGAGAUGAUUUACGAAAGGAUGUAA